AUGUCAGCAAUAGAAGGAAUUAAAUAUCAUGAAUAUAUCAUUGCAGUAGGAGCCUUGGUUUCACCAAGAAACAUUACCUACGCAUCACGUAUAGCUAACAACCGGAUCUGUUUGUAUCUUUCAAAUACAAAAAUCGUGGAUACACUUGUAAACAUUCAUAAAUUUAUUAAAAUUAACGACAAUAAAAUUGAAAUCAGAAGGCUAAUUAGCCCCGCAUUAAGAUUAAUCAUCUCAAAUAUAUGUCCAGUUAUACCACACUCCAUUAUUGAAAAUGAACUCCUAAAACUGGGACUAAAAGCGGUAUCUAAAAUAACACCACUGCGUGUUGGAAUGUCUGAAGAAUAUAGCCAUAUACUUAGCUUUAGAAGACAAGUUUACAUAGAACCAUCGAAAAAUAUGUCUAUCUCUGACUCAAUUCUUGUCACUUAUGACAAUACAUCUUACAGAAUUUUCCUAUCAAUCGAGAAUUUGCAUUGUGCAAAAUGCAGUAAAAUAGGACACAAUGAGAAUAGCUGUCUAACUACAAACACCGAAUCGUCUACUAAAAAUGAUAAUACACCUUUUGAAAAUACACAUAUCGAAAACAGCCUGUCAACAGAAAACAACCCAGAAUCUAACGAAUCCUUCAACAACGAACAACCAACGCUAUCAAAAAAUCAACUUAAAGUAUCAAGCAAUCCAACAGUCAAUAAUGAAGAUCAAGCACAACCAACAGCAAAAAGGCAAAUAUCCCUAUCGCCAGACAUAAUUGCUUCCCAAAACCAAGAAACUAUUUUUUCCAUACCUACAGGAUCAUUAACCAAAAAACGAAAAACUAAAUCGACUCCACUUGAUAUACCUACAAUACUUUUGCCAAUAAAGGAUCAGAUAGAAUCCCAUACACCGCCUUUUACCCUCAACUAUACUUCAAUCUGUGAUUUUCUUGAAAAUUCCUUCAGUUCCCAAUUUCCUUUAAAAACAGCCAACGAAUACGUAGAAGAUAUUAGGUCCCUGGAACAUAUACUUAAUUUUAUAUAUAAUAAGAUCAAUAACAAAACAGCAAAAAACAGAAUCACAAGACUCAAGAAAAAACUCUCUAUUGGAGAAUUAUCCAUAACUGAAGAUGAGAGUGACAAUCUGGAAUUAAGCGAUGAAGAAACCAAUGCCGAAGAUGAAAAACUGCGUCAAUUGUUGGCAGAAAAUGAUCUACCAUCAGAUUUGCUGGCAAGAAUUGACAAUUUAGAAGAAAAUGCGGGCUUGGAAAUAGAGGAUACCGGGACCUUCUUGAAAGGAAACGUUGAGGAAGAAGAGGAGGAGGAAGAAAGGGAGCAGACUCCAGAAAUUCAAGUGGGUGGCUUGGAAAAUGAACACAUUUUGGAAUAUCAAACAGCAUAUCUGGAAUUAAGCGAUAAAGAAACCAAUGCCGAAGAUGAAAAACUGCGUCAAUUGUUGGAAGAAAAUGAUCUACCAUCAGAUUUGCUGGCAAGAAUUGACAACUCCAUGGUUUAUGAGCUCAGACCAUAG